AUGUAUAAGAAAAUACUCAUUGGAUCUGCGAUUGCGCUCGUUUUUGGCAUAUUUGUUGGAUUUAUAGGCUUCCCAAAGUUAUUGAAGAAAAUGAUUAAAGGGCAAUUAAAUUUGAAACCUGGCAGUGAACCACGUGAAAUGUGGGAAAAAUUUCCGAUUGCGCUCAAUUUCUCAGUUUACGUCUUCAAUGUGACUAAUCCCGAUGAGGUGCAGAAUGGUGGAAAACCGCACCUGCAAGAGGUCGGACCGUUCGUGUUUGAAGAAUGGAAGGACAAAUAUGAUUUGGAGGACUUUGAGGACGAAGACGCGGUGGCGUAUAAUAUGCGGAAUACUUUUAUUUUUAGACCUGAUUUGGGUUUGAGUGGCGAGGAUUUUAUAGUGAUGCCACAUCCACUGAUACAGAUCAUGGCGAUUGCCGUUAAACGCGAUAAAGAAGUAAUGAUCAAUAUGAUAUCCGAGGGUAUUGAGGCGCUUUUUAAGCCGACAACACCGUUUGUACGUGCACCAUUUAUGGAUAUCUUCUUCAGGGGCAUCGAUGUGGACUGUUCGGUCGAUCAUUUCGCUGCCACGGCGAUUUGUUUGAACUUUCAUACUGGAGCCGUCAAGGGCGCUGUUAAAGUGAAUGAAACACAUUUUAAAUUCUCAUUAAUGGGCGGUGCCAAUCACACUGACGCCGGCCGCUACAAGGUUGCGCGCGGUGUCAAGGUGAAUCGUGAUAUUGGCCGCGUACUGGAAUUUGAUGAUUCUGAUGAGCUCAGUGUUUGGGAUGGUGAUGAGUGCAAUCGCUUUCGUGGCACUGAUACAACAAUAUUUGCGCCGCUAAUGAAGCCCGAAGAGGGUCUUUGGUCUUUUGCUGCCGAUUUAUGUCGUUCUCUGGGUGCUGAAUAUGAAAAGAAAACGAAAUAUGCUGGCAUACCGGCAUAUUAUUACACAAUUGAUUUGGGAGACCCAAAGAACGAUCCAGAGCUGCAUUGUUUUUGCAGAGACUAUCCAGACGACUGUCCACCUAAAGGCACUAUGGAUCUCACUUUGUGCAAUGAGGCACCGUUGAUUGUAUCUUUGCCUCACUUCUUUAAAGCGGAUCCGCAAUUGGUUGCAGAUGUGGAUGGCCUCAAUCCGCAGGAGGAGAAGCAUGGUGUAUUUAUUAUUUUCGAAAGUAUUUCCGGUACACCAUUGUCUGCCGCCAAACGCCUACAAUUUAGCCUCUCCGUUAUGCCCGUACCAGAAGUUGAAGUUAUGAAGAGUCUGCGUAAACUAACCAUGCCACUAUUUUGGGUGGAAGAAGCAGCAAGUUUGGAUAAAACAUGGACGGAUAUGUUGAAGAAAAAGGUUUUCUUAGUCAUCAAAAUUAAUAAUAUCUUUAAAUGGAUGUCAACUAUUUUCGGUGCUUGUGGUCUCUUUGUGAGUCUCUAUAUGUUAUAUGGUAAAAAUCAAAUAACCACAACAAAUGUUACACCAACAACUGAAGUAAAUACGAUCGAAAAACAUUAGAGAAUUUGACGUUCUGAAAUUGAGUUAGCGAUGAAGAGUUAAAAAAUGUUAUUUAAAGUUUAUUUAAUUAAUAUCUUGUUGUAGUGUAGUUGUUGUAGAAAAUAUGAAAAAAUUUCAAAAUGUUUAUAAACAUGGUAUACCAGUCAUAUUGUACAAUUAUUAGUUUAAUAGUAAUAAAUGUGAAAUACUGACGAUUUUCGCAAUCAUAUCAACAUUUGCUGAAAUUCUCAGCAGAUUCUCUUGGGCAAUUACUAUUUAGGUGUUACAACGAUAAUUUACCGCACUUA